UUACUGGUAAGAAAAGAACAAAUACCUCCUCUUCUCAACGCGAGGAACAAUAAGUGAAGCGUCAACGAUCAGAGCAGAAAGGAGCUCCAUCAUAAGCCGAUGCCCAGUGCCGUCAAAUUUCAGAUUUUUGGGUAACUAGUUAAAACUUUUGGGAUGGUGUUGGUGCUGGCCUUGGGGGAUCUUCACAUACCCCACAGGGCACCUGAUCUGCCUCCUAAGUUCAAGUCAAUGCUUGUUCCAGGGAAGAUCCAACACAUCAUUUGUACUGGGAAUCUAUGUAUCAAGGAGGUUCAUGACUACUUGAAGACUAUUUGUCCUGAUCUGCAUAUUACUCAAGGCGAGUAUGACGAGGAGACACGUUACCCAGAGACCAAAACGCUUACAAUUGGUCAAUUCAAGCUUGGAGUAUGCCAUGGUCAUCAGGUUAUCCCAUGGGGGGACUUGGACUCACUGGCAAUGCUUCAGAGGCAGUUGGAUGUUGACAUUCUCGUAACUGGUCACACCCAUCAGUUCACGGCUUACAAACAUGAAGCGGGUGUUGUGAUAAAUCCAGGGUCAGCAACUGGUGCUUACAGCAGUGUUACUUGUGACGUCAACCCUAGCUUUGUGCUCAUGGACAUUGAUGCAACACGGGUAGUGGUCUAUGUUUAUGAACUCGUCGAUGGAGAAGUGAAGGUCGACAAGAUUGACUUCAAGAAGACAACAGCAAUGACUGCACAUUGACCGCAAAGAUCUUUGUUUUGAUUGUUUGGACUUUUUCUGUGGCUCCUUUUAGGAGAUUGAUCAGUUUGUGAGGCAUUUGUGUACCGCGAGUAUUCUGGGACUGUGUUUUCGUGUAAUAUUUUCUUUUUUCUGGUGAUGUAAAUCUUUAGUUAUGGGCCCAGGAGGUAAUUUUGAAAGGGAAACGUUUUUGAAGGGGAAAA